UUCUCUCUCUCUCUCUCUCUCUCUCUCUUUCUCUCUCUCAUGAGUCGUGCUUCGUCUCUUCUCUCUCCCGUGAGAUGGGGAAACCCCCUCUCCGUCUAAACUGGGGGGAGCUUCUCCCCGCGAUGGGCGACGCCGCGCCGGCGCCGGAGUUGGAGAUCGUCGCCGCCUCCUCCGCCGCCGCGCCGUCCACCUCACCCACCGUCGACGACGGCGGCGGCGGCGGCGGUGGGGAGGAGGAGGCGUCGCCACCGCGGCCGAGGCCGCCGCCGGAGGAGGGGGAGAUGGCGGAGUUCUCCGAUCAUCAGCUCCAGGAGAAGCUCAAGCGGGUCCUUGAGAUCUUCUCCUCCGGGCUCGCCCUUAACCUCCCCGACAAGGGCGAGAAGCUCCGCCUCACCCUCCGCCGCCUUCAGCUGGAGCUCGAUCGGCGGCGCUUCCCCCCUCCGGCGCGGAAGGAUGCCAGAAGAUUCGAUAGGCUCAUGCAACCAAGAAAUGCAGAAUCAUCUGGCACUACUAAAUAUUCCUCUUUAAAUCGUAUAAUGAUGGAAUCUGGUCCACAAUCUUCAUUUUCUAAGCACUGCAUUAAAAGCUCAAAGAAUGAGGCAGAUGUUGCAUUCAGUGAGGACUUGGGGAUCCUUAGUCGAGAUAAGUGCAACAGCUCUUCGGAAUAUGAGCUAAAAACGCAUGACGAGAAAGAUUCUGCUAAACCAUUUUCAAGACUAGGGAGAACUUCUUCAAGAGAAUCACCUUCUAGAUCUGUUAACAGCUAUGCGGAUAAAGAAAAAAAUAGAUCAUCGGAUGAUAACAACAGGGAUGUGAUAUUGUCAAGUACUUCUUCUAACACAGAUAAAAAUCAUUGUACUCUUUCCGCUAGAAGGAAAAGAAGAACUGAAUUUGGGGACUUGGUGGGAUUGAAGUCACAAAAGGUCCAGGAGGUAGUUCUUUUGGAUGAAGAUAUGCCUUCUAUACUGCCUACAGAAAAAGAUACUACUGUACAGCCUAAACGAGAAGAUACAACUGAUGAAUGGAAGGAUGCAAAGAUCUAUUAUCCUUCAAGGGAGCAUCCACAGUCUGUCGAGCUUUCUUAUGCAGACAUAAAAUGUCUAGAUCCCGAGUCAUAUUUGUCAUCACCUAUAAUAAACUUUUACAUCAUGUACCUACAAAGGUCACUAUCACCAACAGGUAGACCAGGAGGCGAGUACUAUUUCUUCAAUACGUAUUUUUAUAAUAAAUUGGAAGAAGCUUUGUCAGCAAAGGAAGAUAGAAAUGCAUGCUUCUGGAAAUUGAGAAGAUGGUGGAAAGGCGUAAACAUAUUCAAGAAGGCAUACAUUUUCUUGCCGGUUCAUGGAGACUUGCAUUGGAGCUUGGUGAUUAUUUGUGUACCGGCACAAGAAGAUGAAUCAGGCCCCAUUGUACUUCAUUUGGAUUCAUUGGAGAUUCACAGUAGUAGUUCUAUAUUUGAUGUUAUCGACAAGUAUCUAAAGGAAGAAUGGAACUACAUGAAUCAAAAUCCUCCUGUUCCAGAUAUUCCCAUACCAGAAAGGAUAUGGAAGAAUCUCCCUCGUAGGAUUGAGAAGAGGAAAAUUGCGGUUCCCCAGCAGAAAAAUGAGUAUGAUUGUGGUCUAUUCGUGCUCUACUUCAUGGAGCGGUUUAUCGCUGAGGCCCCCGAAAGACUUCGAAGGAAAGACCUUGCAACGCUUGGUGGUCGCAGGUGGUUUCGACCUGAAGAAGCUUCUGCUCUGAGAAACCGAAUCCGAAUCCUGCUUCUCGAAGAAUUUGGGAAGGCUAAAGCUGGAAACUGCAAAAAGGAGUUAAAGUCCUCUGAGAACUCCGACGAAGAUGGUUGACAGUGUUGCGGGUGACAAUUAUGGACUAUACUGGAACUUCACAGCAACACUUCCACGUACACUUCAAUCAACCGAACAAUGUAAGUAGUUGCAUCAAUUUGAAAGUAUGCUUUUCACUUCUAGUUUCCUCUGGCCAAAAAUACCUCCGAAAAAAAAAAAAAAAAAAAAAAAAAAAAAAAAAAAAAAAAAAAAAAAAAAAAAAGGUUGCCGUGACUUCUCGAGGAGGUGAUUCUCUAAGAAGCUUUUUUUUUUUUUUUGCAAAUCUGUCUCGAAUUACGGAUGCUCCUCAAUUUUGCCCCAGCUUAACAGUGCUACUAGCCAAUAGUCAUAGUCGACCAGGUGUAUAAGUUACGACAACGAACCUUAUUCCUGUCCGCCGAAUCUAUCCUUCUGGCACCAACCGAACCAUAUAUGGGUUUUGAAAACAAAUUUGAGAGAGGAAUGUACAGUCAAUCUCCAACAUUACAUCGGUGGAAGGAAUUCAUACGGUGUAGAUGGAAACCUGGGAAACAGUUGAAAGAAUUCCAAAGUUAUGUUUUAACUAUACUCAUUCGAGAAUCAUGAUAACUUUUGUUUUCUGGUUUCGUUCCGUCGCCGUCCUGAUUAUAUCACCCGAGCGUCCUGAUUAUAUCACCCGAGGGCAUCCGGGAGUCGGAAAAAAUCCUGAUUGGUGUCUCGAAGCUUGUUUGAUAUCUACUCUAUUCUCAUGUCUGUAAGUAAAUUCAACUUUUACACAACCAAAGGACUUGCUUUGUAGAUCCAUUACUCUUCAGCCUUUCUGUUUGUUUUUUUUUUUCUUUUGAUGCGAUGAAAUGUGCUGGUGGGAUGAUGGAUUGCUUGCAUGCUAUGCGGCUGCAGAGAGGUUUUUGGCAACACAAAUGUUUUUUCUUUAAAAAGGACGCCAAGUCGCUUUGCGAGCUAACCGACAAUAUAAGUCCCAUCCCAACCUAUGUACUCACAAGGACGUUGUGUUUAGCAUAAACAAAGCAGCAGGAACGUCUAAUUAGGCCUUGGUUUUU